AUGAAAGUGUGUUUUGUUUCAGUACCAUUAUUGCGCAGUGCAAAUCUGAAUGCCAAUGCAAAAUGGAUACAUGAUGGUGUUACUGUAGCUGGAGGAAAUGGAGCAGGUAGCGAACUCAAUCAACUCCACAAUCCAUGGGAUUUGUACGUUGAUGGUGAACAAACUAUCUACAUUGCUGAGUUCAAAAAUCACCGUAUUGUUGAAUGGAAAUGUGGUGCGACGACUGGUCGAGUUGUAGCUGGUGGAAAUGGAGAAGGAAACCAUUCUGAUCAGUUAUGCGGUCCGACGAGUAUGAUCAUCGAUAAACAAGGAGACAGUCUUAUCAUUUGUGAUUAUCGUAACAAAAGAGUAGUUCGAUGGCUUCGUCAAAAUGGUACAAAUGGAGAAACAAUUAUCUCAAAUAUUGGAUGUUUGGGCUUGACUAUGGACGAUGAUGGCUUUCUCUAUAUUGCUGAUUAUGAGAAAGAUGAAGUUAGACGAUAUCGGAUUGGAGACAAUCAAGGAACAGUCGUUGCAGGUGGAAAGGGACAAGGAAAUGGUCUGAAUCAGUUGUCUAAUCCAAGAUACGUAGCCGUCGAUCGAGAUCAUUCAGUGUACGUAUCAGAUUAUAACAAUCAUCGUGUGAUGAAGUGGAUGAAAGGUGCGAAACAAGGCAUUGUUGUGGCUGGCGGUCAAGGUGAAGGAAAUAGUCUUACACAAUUAUCGAAUCCUUGUGGAAUAGUCGUUGAUCAAUCAGCCACUAUCUAUGUGGCUGACAAUGGGAAUAGUAGAAUAAUGCGUUGGUCUCAAGGAGCCACACAAGGAAGUAUCAUCAUUGGUGGAAAUGGUUCAGGAAGUCAAUCGAAUCAACUCUCUUGUCCCAUCGGUUUGUCAUUUGAUCGAGAUGGUAAUCUUUACGUGAGUGAUCAAAAAAAUCAUCGAGUACAAAAAUUCCACGUUGAUCGAAGCUAA